AUGUCAGCAGCAAGCCGAACUGUCGUCUGUGACGACUCAAUGAGCCAGGCGACUCAAGAACACAAGCACCAGUUCCCCAUCACCCUCACCACUCUCACCACCCGCGCCAGUGCGUAUCUCAAGGAUCGAGGAAAAGAGCUUUCACAGGUCAUCAAGUCGCUAGAUAAGGGAUACCUCAACCAAGAGAUCGACGGCAUCCACUGCGCCAGGACUGCCCGUUUUGCUUGCAAUGUAUUCAGGGCAGCUGCAAAAGAUAUUCAUGCUCAAGAAGAGCAUAUGGCGUUAGCUCGCAACGAGGCCGGGUUGCCGAAAAGGCCGGUAAGGUCUAAGAUUAAGGGCCGUCCCCCUGAGGAAGCUCAAGCACUCAAAGAAUAUAUCGACGAAAAGAAUGAGGCUUGGAUGAAGGAAACCGUGGCGCUUUGGAGGGCUUUGAAAGUCCAAAGAACGCUCAGUUAUUGGAGUUGUCGAAUGACUCCAAGAAGGAUCAUGUGCGUGGCGAAAAGGUUCUGUUGA